UUGACGUUUGUGACAACUGAUGAACUGACAUUUAACAAACAUUGAAAAUAAACAUUACGUUUUUGUGAGAGCUUUUGUAAAUUAUUAGUUUAUCUUUCUAAAGGAAGUUUUACUAAAGAUACAUUAUUUCCCAAACAUUUACAAAACUAGCAGAGGUUUGGUUCUACAUUCAUUAAAAAUAAAUAAUUGAUCUACAUGAGUUUGGAUUUGGAGGAAGCCAACGAAACACAACAGCUAAUGCAGAAUGAAGGCGAAGAAGAAGAGUCCAAAGUUCCUCAGCCAGCUACAUCACCAGUUACAAGCAAUAAAAUAUCAAGUGGGGCGGCCAGUCUAACAUCUAAAAACCCCCACACAUUCACUAGCACUGGUAAUAAUAGUAUCAACGAUUCUGCUAAGGUGUCGUAUGUUAACGAGAGGCGAUUGCAUAGAGACUACAAUAUGCGAUCCAACAAUACCAGAACUAAACACAUGCCCAAAGAAACACCAGAUGUUAAACACAUGGAAAAAGCUUUGUUAGAAUUGCUCAAUGAUUUCCAUACUGGGAAAUUAAGCGCUUUCGGUACUGGCUGUAGCAUGGAACAAAUGAUAAACAUAAGGGACCAGCAAGAACAUCUAGCUAGGCUUCACUUUAGGUUAUAUGGUGACGCAGAAAAGCCCACUGAAGAUAGUUUCGAAAAUUCAGCAUCUAAAGAUAAAAUGGCUCAGCUGGUACAAAGCUUAGAACAGUUGUCUGCAUCAAUAGAACUCCUGCAAUCAGAUGGUGUACCUAGUUCAAGCAAUAAUAAAGAAUAAUUUUUUAUAACUUUCUUUAAUAAUAAAAAUAAUCAUCAAUUA